AUGAUAUUUCACCAUCUGUUGUCACUUCUUUUAUCAAUCUGUUCAAGUUUUAUUGAGGGAUUUUAUUUCCAGAAAUUAUCACCUAGUUCAGUGGAGAAAUCUAAGAUAAAAGGAGGAAUCAAUAAAAUUUCUGAUGGGAAAGGAAUUUUACAUAAUGCUAUCGGUACACUGAACAAUAUCAAUCAAGACAAUGUGUUUGUACGUAUUGGUUCAAAUAAUACAUUUAAAUGCGGUAUCUUGCCUAAAAGUGUAUCCUCUCAACUACAAGGUGUUUGGAAUGCUAAAAUGAUUAAUGGUGAAAUGGAUUUGUUAUCUUUUAAAAGAAUCAAUAACACUGAAAUAGUCAUUCAACCACCAAUAGGUGCAUCAGUCUAUUAUAAAACUGGUUGGACAGAAAUUCUAUGCUCAUUUAAAGAAUUACAAAGCAGCAAAGUGAUUUUUAGUUUUAAACGGUUAAUAAAAGUAGUUGGUUGUCCAAUAUUUGGAACUUUAAAUGGAGUAGACACGGGGGAUGUUAUCCUGCCGUUUGGAUCAAAUAAAAAACUUCGUUGUGCUAUAAAACCUGAUAAUAUUGAAUCAACCCUGAAAGGUUAUUGGUUAGCUAAACAAGUAGGCGGUGAAAAGGAUCUAUUAACGAUUAAAUCGUUAAAAAAUACAAUAAGUAUUGAACCUCCCGUCAACAGUAGUAGUUAUGAAACUCCAGGUGUAACUGAAAUUCAGUGCAUAUAUAAAAGUCAACAAAAUACCAGUUUGUACAGUUUCAAAAGAACUGUAAGAAUAGAAGAUCCUCAAAUAUUUGGAACAAUGAAUAAUCAAGAUAAUUCAAUUAUCUAUUUACAAACGAAUACAUCAAAGAAAGUUUCCUGUAAUCUUUAUCCUAAAGAAAUGCAGAAAAAAUAUCCUGGUUAUUGGAUUGGUCGUAUACUCAGCAAUAAGGAUAAUAUCAUUGAAAUGAAUACAACAGCAACAACAAAUGGAACGGUUGUAUUUCAACCACCUAAACCAUAUAAAACUUAUACAAAUCGUGGUAAAGCACAAGUGGAAUGUAUCUACAAGUUAUAUAAAAAUAAUAAAGUGCUAGUAAGAUUUAUAAACACUAUCAUUGUAUAUACUAAUCAAGUAAGCCAUUACCUUGAUAUCCAUUCUGAGUAUAUCUAUCGUAUACAUCUCGGUAGUAAUAGAAGAAUUUGUUGUGCAAGCUAUGAAAAGACUGAACAAACUCCGUAUACUUGGAAGAUAAGUGUACCUAAAGGCAUAGAAGGCACAUUAGUUUCAUACAAUGGAAUGAAUUGUAUUCAACCACGAAAAGGCUAUCUUACAUAUUUAACACCAGGUACAUUUAAAGUCACAUGUGAUUUGAGAACAAAAUCAGGAAAAUCAACAGGCAUAUCAAAAACAAAAACAGUACAUCUUGUUGCUUCUUAUGAUUGUAACACUAGAAGUAAACAGAAUCCAGUAAAUCUCACCUAUUCUGUUGGUUCAAACAAUCAAUUUGCAUGUUGUCAUACUCCCAGAUUAUUACAUUCAGAUGGUUAUUGUAACCUGUUGCUUAGUGGAAGAAAAAAAAGGGAGCAAGUAUAUCCUAAAGAUGAAUUAUCUAUUGAAUACUGUGAUAAUGAUUAUAUAUUUGGACCGCCUAACAAUAAACAUGUUUAUAGCGAUGAAAAACAAUGGUCAAUUCAAUGUUCUUAUCUCAAGAAAAAUUAUAAUGUACAAUAUGAUUCACUGAAAACGCAUAUGAAAGUUGUAAAUGAUGUGAAAUUAUAUUUCACUUAUCAUGUUGACAAGUUUCAUUUCAGUAGUGAUAUCGAUUCUGAUUCUGAUUCUGAUGAUGAUAAUGAUAAUGAACAAAUCAAUAUUGGUUGUAUAGUUGAACGUGAUCCAUUAGCACUAGUGCAUAGUAAAGGAAUACAUAAGAUAACUAUGCGUGGUCAAGCUGCAAAAUACUUUGAAAUUAAUUAUUCAGGCAAAUAUCCAACAAUAAAAUCACGUCGUCUACCUAUUGAUCAUGAGAGUGAAUCAGCAGUUUAUGGAUAUGUAUUAUUUCAGUGUAGUUAUACUUUUUAUAAUGGAGAGAAAUUUACUACUGAAAUGGCUAUAUACAUUUCAGAUAAGGAAAAGCCUACCUAUGAACCACCUUCGAUCGUGAUUAUUACAAUAAAAUCUUCAUUAAUGUCAAUGUGGUGGUUUGUUUGGUGGAUUAUCGUGUUAUACACAAUCAGUUGGAUUGUUUUUCAUCAAAUUUAUGCAGCUAAUGAAGAGUUAAGUGAUUCACAAAUAGACGUACAAAUGUUUCUAGAUAACUGUUAUGCAAUUCAGAAUAUUGAUCAUCAACAUCAUCACCCAAUAGUGGUAUCGAUUAAUCAAGUACAACAAUUAUCUCAUGAUCCAUCGUAUGAUUUUGUAGAGCUAUUCAUUUUAAAUCGAGAUGAAAUUGACAAUGAAUUAUUUACACAGAUUAGAGGAUUUAUUCAAAUGUAUCAAAGUUAUUAUCUAAUGGUUAAUCAUUGGAAAUCGCUAUGGUUAACUAAUGAUCGUGAAGGUCUUGAAGAAUCGGCUCAAAUGAUCGCAGUAUUUAUUAGGAAAUAUAUGAAAGACAAUUCAGAAUCACAACAAGUUAAUGAUGACCGCUCAUUGCCUCAAUUUAAUCCUGAUACACCUUUAGAAUUUGCUGAAAUGAAUACACCGUCAAUGCAAGAAGUUCAACCUUUUGAUAAUGUUUGUGAUGAACUGUUAUUGGUUUAUAUUUGAUAAAUGUGUUUAUAUUUUGAAAACAACUUAAUUUUAUGUAUAU